UCAGUUUUGGUUUCAGUUUCGUUUGCCGCACAGGUUGAAUUUUCAUUUUUUCUAUUGUUCCAUUCUUAAUUUAUUCUAUUCAUUCUCGUCGCAAGCAAAUUUAUACCGCGAUCGCGCUGCAAAGUUUGUGUAUUGUGUGCGUUUUUAUUUUGUAGUGAGAAAAACAAAGUGCAACAACAAAAAGCAUUCAGGUGUCCACUUGCUAAAAAAAACAGUACGUGAAAACGAGAGAGUGAGCUAGAGAAAGAGAACAAGAGAGUGCUGCUCAAACCAUGAAUUUUGCAAUGCUCUUCAAACCAAAUUCGCCAGGCGGGAAAAACAAAUAAAAACAAACAGCACACGAAUAGCAAACAAAAAUAAACAACAAAAGUAAACAGCAGGCACAAUAGGGCAGCGUAAAAAAAGCAAGAACAGCAGCCAAUUAAUUAAAUACAUCACAGCAUAUCGUGCGUCUUUUGAUAAUUUUAAACCAAUGUUUAUGCCGAGCCGAGUCGAAAGCUUCGUUUUUUGGAUAAAAAGGAACCUGAGGCUUCAGUUGCCUGGCAGUGCGGCAAGUGCAAUCGAAUCAAGUUCAAUUAGCCAAGUUAUUUCGAGCCUUCGAGCUGGACAAUGUGAUCUACAAUAAAUGCAAUUGUACAUAGAAAAUAUAUAGUUCACACAGCGUCAGAGAGUCGAAUGUGAAAUUGAUAAAAGCCUCGUAAUACCCAGUAUUCUGAUCAUGUCCCAAAACUGAAGGCCACAAGCUGAGAGCGAGCGAGAGAGUUAGAGGCAAAGAGAGAGAGAUAGAGUGUGUGAGAGAGAGAGAAGAACUUGGAUCUGGGCUAGAUAUAUAUCGCAUGUGCACGAUAACGGAAACGGAAGCGGCAACGGCAGCGGCAACGGAAACGGAAACAGCACCGGAAACGGAAGCGGCAAAGUCACCAUCCAGCGAACGCCGUGAGCAAUAAUGACCAAGAAGUACGAAUUCGAUUGGAUUAUUCCGGUUCCGCCGGAACUAACCACGGGCGCUGUCUUCGAUCGCUGGUUCGAGAACGAAAAGGAGACAAAGGAGAAUGAUUUUGAGCGCGAUGCCCUCUUCAAGGUCGACGAGUAUGGCUUCUUUCUAUACUGGAAGAGCGAGGGGCGGGAUGGCGAUGUCAUUGAGUUGUGUCAAGUGAGCGACAUUCGUGCGGGAGGAACUCCAAGGGAUCCAAAGAUACUCGAUAAGGUGACCAAAAAGAACGGAACCAAUAUACCGGAACUGGAUAAACGAUCCCUAACGAUCUGUUCGAACACGGACUAUAUCAAUAUAACAUAUCAUCAUGUUAUUUGUCCAGAUGCGGCAACAGCCAAGAUCUGGCUAGAUGGCAUACGAAAAAUAACGCAUAAUGUCAAAGCGAACAAUAUCUGCCCCAUGAUGUGUCUGCGGAAACAUUGGAUGCGAUUGAGUUACUGCGUUGAAAAAAGCGGCAAAAUUCCAGUUAAAACGCUGGCCAAGACCUUUGCCUCUGGCAAAACGGAAAAGCUGGUCUACACUUGCAUCAAGGAUGCUGGCCUGCCGGAUGACAAGAAUGCCACGAUGACCAAGGAGCAGUUUACCUUUGAUAAGUUUUAUGCUUUGUAUCACAAGGUGUGUCCACGCAAUGACAUUGAGGAGUUGUUUACAUCCAUCACCAAGGGCAAGCAGGAUUUCAUUAGUCUGGAGCAGUUCAUCCAGUUUAUGAAUGACAAACAACGUGAUCCUCGCAUGAACGAGAUCCUUUAUCCACUUUACGAGGAGAAGCGCUGCACGGAGAUUAUCAAUGACUACGAGCUGGAUGAGGAGAAGAAAAAGAGUGUUCAACUCUCUUUGGACGGCUUCAAGCGCUAUCUUAUGUCCGAUGAGAAUGCUCCCGUAUUCCUGGAUCGACUGGACUUCUACAUGGAAAUGGACCAGCCUCUGGCCCAUUACUACAUCAAUAGUUCGCAUAACACCUACUUGUCUGGUCGUCAGAUUGGAGGCAAGAGCUCCGUGGAGAUGUACCGUCAAACGCUGCUCGCCGGCUGUCGCUGUGUGGAGCUGGACUGCUGGAAUGGCAAGGGAGAGGAUGAGGAGCCCAUUGUUACCCACGGUCAUGCCUACUGCACGGAAAUUCUGUUCAAGGACUGCAUCCAAGCCAUCGCGGACUGCGCCUUUGUAUCCUCGGAGUAUCCAGUGAUUCUGUCCUUUGAGAACCACUGCAACCGUGCCCAGCAAUACAAGCUGGCCAAAUACUGUGAUGACUUCUUCGGUGAUCUGCUACUGAAGGAGCCGCUUUCGGAUCAUCCGCUGGAUCCUGGUCUACCUUUGCCACCACCCUGCAAGCUGAAGCGCAAGAUUCUCAUCAAGAACAAACGCAUGAAGCCGGAGGUGGAAAAGGUGGAGCUUGAGUUGUGGCUGAAAGGCGAACUGAAGACGGACGAUGAUCCUGAGGAGGAUGCAAGUGCUGGCAAACCGCCAGAGGCAGCGGCUGCUCCAGCGCCAGCACCCGAGGCAGCGGCAGCCGCCGAAGGUGCCGCCGAGGGUGGUGGUGGAGCCGAGGCUGAGGCUGCUGCUGCCAAUUACAGUGGCUCCACCACCAAUGUCCAUCCGUGGCUAUCAUCCAUGGUCAAUUAUGCGCAGCCCAUCAAGUUUCAGGGCUUUGACAAGGCAAUCGAGAAAAACAUAGCCCACAACAUGUCCUCCUUUGCGGAAUCGGCGGGCAUGAAUUACCUAAAACAGAGCUCCAUUGAAUUUGUCAAUUACAACAAGCGUCAGAUGUCUCGCAUCUAUCCAAAGGGCACACGGGCCGACUCCUCCAACUACAUGCCGCAGGUUUUCUGGAAUGCCGGCUGCCAAAUGGUCUCGCUUAACUUCCAAUCCUCCGAUCUGCCAAUGCAGCUUAACCAAGGUAAAUUCGAGUACAACGGCGGCUGUGGCUACCUCCUAAAGCCGGACUUUAUGCGGCGAGCAGACAAGGAUUUCGAUCCAUUUGCCGAUGCACCCGUAGACGGUGUAAUUGCCGCCCAAUGCUCCGUGAAGGUGAUAGCCGGUCAGUUUUUGUCCGACAAGAAAGUGGGCACCUAUGUGGAGGUGGACAUGUUUGGUCUGCCCUCGGACACCGUCAAAAAGGAGUUUCGCACGCGACUGGUGCCCAACAAUGGUCUGAAUCCGGUGUACAACGAGGAUGCCUUUGUGUUCCGUAAGGUGGUGCUGCCGGAUUUGGCCGUUCUACGAUUUGGUGUUUAUGAGGAAAGCGGCAAAAUGAUUGGUCAACGUAUCCUGCCGCUGGAUGGCCUGCAAGCGGGCUAUCGGCAUGUGUCCCUGCGUACCGAGGCCAAUUUCCCCAUGUCCCUGCCAAUGCUGUUCGUGAAUAUCGAGCUAAAGAUCUAUGUGCCCGAUGGUUUUGAGGAUUUCAUGGCCAUGUUGUCGGAUCCGCGAGGAUUUGCUGGUGCUGCAAAGCAGCAAAAUGAACAAAUGAAGGCCUUGGGCAUUGAAGAGCAAAGCGGUGGAGCCGCUCGAGAUGCUGGCAAGGCCAAGGAGGAGGAGAAAAAGGAACCCCCGCUAGUUUUUGAGCCUGUAACUCUCGAGUCGUUGCGCCAGGAGAAGGGCUUCCAGAAGGUGGGCAAGAAGCAGAUCAAGGAGCUGGACACUCUGCGCAAGAAGCAUGCCAAGGAGCGCACCUCGGUGCAAAAGACCCAGAAUGCGGCCAUCGAUAAGCUGAUCAAGGGCAAGAGCAAGGAUGAUAUAAGGAAUGAUGCCAAUAUCAAGAAUGCCAUCAAUGAUCAGACCAAGCAGUGGACCGAUAUGAUUGCCCGCCAUCGCAAGGAGGAGUGGGAUAUGCUCCGUCAGCAUGUCCAGGACUCGCAGGAUGCCAUGAAGGCACUCAUGCUGACCGUGCAGGCAGCGCAGAUCAAGCAGUUGGAGGAUCGUCAUGCCAGGGAUGUCAAGGAUCUGAAUGCCAAGCAGGCCAAAACCUCGGCGGACACGGCCAAGGAGGUGCAGAACGACAAGACGCUGAAGACCAAGAACGAGAAGGAUCGGCGGCUGCGCGAGAAGCGUCAGAACAAUGUGAAGCGCUUCAUGGAGGAGAAGAAGCAAAUUGGCGUUAAGCAGGGACGCGCCAUGGAGAAACUGAAGCUGGCGCACUCGAAGCAGAUCGAGGAAUUCAGUACCGAUGUGCAAAAGCUUAUGGACAUGUACAAAAUCGAGGAGGAGGCCUAUAAGACGCAAGGAAAAACGGAGUUUUAUGCCUAAGAUGGGUUCAAGAAAUCAAACCAAAAACUUAUAGAAAAAACAGAGGAGCACCGCGACAUACCAAAAAUAUAUAUAUAACAUAAAAACUAGGCAUCAUGGCAGCAAUGAUGUUUGGGAAUUUAUUUAAGAUUGAAGAUGCUAAACCCCCCAAACACUUCUCACACACACGCAUCUUCAAAAGGAUUAACUUUACUUAUAUAUAUACAUUAUAUUAUAUAUAUAUCUAUAACUUAUCAACUAGAAGUCGAGAAAACCAACUGGAAAGUCAACACUUUGUGCUUUAUAUUUAUUUAAGAUUCUGCGCGAUGAUCGCGAUAAAGAUGAGUUAAGGCGAAAAAUGGAUGUUAAGGUAUUUUAUGCAAACGAAGGCGAAACUCGUAAGGAGUAUAUUUUAUCCCUCUCGAAUCCCCCCCUUGUAAUUUAUUUUGAAAUAACAAAAAAAAAAAAAACUAAAAUUAAAUAUAAAAAAAAAAAUAUAUGAAGAAUACCGAAAACAAAAUCUUGAUAGGUAUUUUUGUGCUAAAAACACGAAUAACGGUACACCGAUAAGUUUAGAACACAAAAACAAGGCGUUUCAAGACUAUAAAAGGCGAGGGCCAGUUUGGUAAUAAAUAUUUCACGGUUGCCAGGUAAAAUAAAAUUAAUAAAA